UGGAGUUGAGACAUUUAGUCUGGUUUAAUGGUUAAGAUAAAUUUAUGAUCACAACUCCUCCUUGUGGAGAAGCUUGAAGCCUGCAGCAUAUGAAUGGAUGAAUAAGUAUCACCAGUCACAUCUAAAAAAAAGUCAUGAAUUACAACAGCGCUUAAUGUUUAAUCAUAGUCCAUUUUAACAACAAAAAGUUCACUGCCCUAAAUUGUUGUAUCCAUCAUUAUUUGUGUUAUUCCCGUAAAAUUACUUGAUCCUACUAUACGGUCUCAUAUUUAAAAAAUGUUCAAAUAGUAGUAAUUCUGAAGAGGAAACACUGAAAACUGGUAAAUGCCUUUUAUUUAAGCUGCAGAAAGGGGCUUACACACAAACUAGAACCUUCUGGUCUCUGUAGAUUAUAUUGCACACUAUUUAAUACGCAUUUAACAAACGUGUAAACAUAAAAGGGGAUAUUUUGAUUUGAUAUUAGCGUCACAGUCCUUGCCACUUGGCCCGUGCUCAUUUUGGGAUAAUCAGGAGAUUAUGACGGCGGGCAUUGCUUGUUCAGUAUUGAAUGUGAAGCCCUGAGCAAAUCAAAACACGUGCUCAGCCACACCGGAGAGAAAUUACGCACCGGGUGCGCACUGCGAGCCGGACAGCCUCCACCAGAACAACCAGAAACUCUGAACAGCUUUAUGAAUAUAGUUUUAGCAAUUAACCGAGCAAGACCCUCAUGUAUUGUACGAUUCGUCCAAGUUAACGAAACGGAUUCUCUUUUUAAUCGUUCCGAGGGAAAUCCGAAAUGGAGCCGUAGAUGGAGUGGUAGGAAACCCGUGAAUCUGUGAGCUCUCCCUGUAUGUAUCAUGUCUGAUGAAAGAAUUUGCCCGGAAAGUGAGGAAUGUGCCGCGGAGGACCCGUUUGGCUUCGGGGAUGAGCUGGAGUUAAAUCCAUUCGAUGGCUUGCCAUUUUCCUCCCGUUACUACAAGCUGCUAAAAGAGAGGCAGGCUCUGUCCGUGUGGAAGGUCAGGUGCGAGUUCCAAGAGGCUCUGCUUAACAACCAACUGGUUGUUGUGUCCGGGACAGCGAACACUGGGAGGAGCACGCAGAUCCCUCAGUGGUCUGCCGAGUUCUGCCUCUCUGCCAAGUACCGGCACGGCAUGGUCGUGUGCACGCAGAGCAUCGGGCAGAGCGCCGUGGAUCUGGCCUUGCGCGUGGCCGACGAAAUGGACGUCAACAUAGGCCACGAGGUGGGCUACACCAUCCCUCUGGAGAACUGCUGCUCCGCGGACACUAUCCUGAGGUACUGCACCGACCACAUGCUGCUGCGAGAGAUGAUGUCGGACCCUUUUUUGGAGCACUACGGGGUCGUCGUCAUCGACCAGGCCCACGAAAGGACAGUCAGCACGGACAUACUGCUGGGUCUCCUAAAGGACAUCCUGCUGCAGAGGUCUGGGCUCAGAGUGGUGAUCCUCGCCGUCCCGCCCGCGACCGACAAGCUGGUGAGCCACUACGACGGCGUCCCGCUCAUCAGGCUGGAGGCCUUGUCGCCCGCUGAGGACGUCCACAGCGACAGCGGCAACAAGGACUACUUCUUCUCCGCGCUGAGACUGGUGCUGGAGAUCCACCGAACCAAAGAGGAGGGAGAUGUUGUCGUGUUUUUGGCCUCCGCCGACGAGGUCCAUUGUGCCCACAGCAUCCUGCAGAGAGAAGGCACCAGGCUGGGAGCCGAGCUCGGCCGGAUGGUUCCUCUGGUGCUGUGCCCCCGGCGGGGAGGGCUACCGCCUGAGCCACCGGGCUCCAGGAAGUCCAGGAGGGUUUUCCUCUCUACCAAACACGGGGAGGACAUGUGGUGGGCCACAGAGUCGGUCAACUUUGUCAUCGACACAGGAGUCCAGAAGAAGAUGGUGUACAAUCCAAGAAUAAGAGCUAACUCAGAGGUUCUUCAACCCAUCAGUCAAUAUCAGGCAGACGUACGCAGGCGGCUCUCUGGACCAACAGGCAAAUGUUUCUGCCUGUAUCAAGAAGACGGACAGCUUCCUGCAGAGAACCCCGCACAGAUUUUGGAGUCCAACAUUACUCCAACAGUCCUUUUCCUAAAAAGGAUGGAGAUAGCCGGCCUGGGACAGUGUGAUUUCAUAGAGAGACCAGAUCCUGAGGGUCUCAUGCAGGCGCUGGAGGAGCUUGAUUACCUCGCAGCUUUAGACAAUGAUGGCAACUUGUCUGAGAUUGGCAUCAUCAUGUCUGAGAUCCCCCUGGACCCUCAGAUGGCCAAAGCGCUGCUGGCAUCUUGCGAGUUUGACUGCGUGAGCGAGAUGUUGACAAUCGCAGCAAUGCUUACAGCCACGAGCUGCUUCCUGGAGCCACCUGCUGGUAGGGGCCACGAGGCGGUCCAGUGUCACAGGAAGUUCCAGCACCCUGAAGGCGAUCACUUCACCCUCAUCAACAUCUACAAUGCCUUCAAACGAAGCCAGAGAGAACAAUACUUCACUGCUGAAAAGUGGUGCCAGGACUAUUUCCUUGAUCAUUCCGCCCUGAAGGAAGCAGAGGCCAUUAGAUCAGAGUUGACCGACACCCUGAACAGGAUCGAGCUUCCAAUCUCCGAGCCGUUCUUUGGAACCAAAACCAACACCCACAACGUCAAAAGAGCUCUGCUGGCUGGUUUCUUCAUGCAGAUUGCACGAGACGUGGACGGAUCCGGAAACUACUUCAUUCUGACACACAAGCACAUGGCUCAGGUGCAUCCCCUGUCUGGCUACGGGCCUCAGUCACACAAGCUGGGGCUGCCAGAGUGGGUCGUUUUCCACGAGUACACCCUGUCCCAAAACAACUGCAUGAGAACAGUCUCUGAAAUCUCUCCCCAAGUGUACAUUCAAAUGGCUCCCAUGUACUUCUUCUACAAUCUGCCUCCCAGUGAAAGUAAAGACAUACUACAAGACAUGUUGGACCCAGAAGGAUCCAGAAAUUGUCAAGACGGGAAACAAGAGGCCUCUACAAUCGGCGGCGAAGUCGACGUCGGCUGCGCAGUGGUGUCCCAGUCCUACGAUAGAUGUGUGAUUCAAUGAUCUUUCAUCCAUUGUUUUUAGAUGUUUAAAAACAAUACCAACCAGGGUCUGUAAUAUUAAGUUAUUACACUGGUAGUGGUCACAUGUACACGAUGGGUGACUCAUGGGAGGACGGUAUGUCCCAAACUAUAAGUCACGAGUCAAACAAUGUUAAUCAUGGUCCUAUAUAUACUCACGUCAUGACAUGUCAUCUGCAGGAUUUCUUGAAUCCGAGUAAG